AUGGAAGAUCUAGAGACUCGCAAAGCACGUAGGAUAGAGCAGAUGGUAGCAAGAUGGCUGCGUCGGUCACGGGAUCAUUUGGCCAGAGGGAGAGCAUCAGUGAGUGACCAGUCAUCCGACGAAUGUAGGCAAGCUGCGAGUCGCGUGAAACUCACGGUGGAAAUCCAAAAAGAUGCAUUGCUUGGCCAUUAUGGUUUUGCAAUUUCCCAGAAUCCUCCCCUUAUCAUCACAUCAGUUGCUACAGGCAGCGAUGCCGAUGGGAAGCUUCUGCCUGGGGACCACAUUCUCGCGAUAAACAACGCAGCGGUGGAAGAUGCAACCGGUGAACAAGCAGCCGUUCUUUUAAGGGAAUCAGAAGACCCUCUCCACUUUACAGUCCUCCGAUGCACCUCGGGUGGCCCUAAAUCAUCCUUUCUUACAGCAGAGAAAAGAGCCAGGCUGAAGACGAACCCUGUCAAAGUCCGCUUUGCAGAAGAAGUCGUGGUGAAUGGACACACUCAGGGAAGUUCUCUGCUGUGCAUGCCCAAUGUUCUCAAGGUUUACUUGGAAAACGGGCAGACGAAAGCUUUCAAGUUUGACGCGAGCACGACAGUUAAGGACAUUAUUCUCACUUUGAAAGAAAAGCUUUCCAUUCGAAGCAUCGAACACUUCGCCCUGGUCUUGGAAGAGCAGUACAAUGUGUUGAAGAUGUACCUUCUUCAUGACGAUGAACUCAUCAUGCAGGUAGCCAAGAAGAAAGACUCUCACAAUCACCGGUGCCUCUUCAGAGUCUGUUUUAUACCCAGGGAUCCACUGGAUCUGUUGCAGCAAGAUCCAGUUGCCUUUGAAUAUCUCUACUUGCAGAGCUGCAGCGACGUGCUUCAGGAGAGAUUCGCCAUCGAGAUGAAGUGCAGCGUUGCUUUGCGGUUGGCGGCACUCCACAUCCAAGAGCGGAUUAUCACUUGUGCUCAGCCACAGAAAGUAUCUCUGAAAUAUAUAGAGAAGGAUUGGGGAAUAGAAAAUUUUAUUUCCCCGACGUUACUUCGAAACAUGAAGGGCAAAGAUAUCAAAAAGGCCAUCAGCUUUCACAUGAAGAGGAAUCAACUUUUGCUGGAUCCCAGGCAAAAGCACCUCCUCUCAGCAGCACAGGUGCGUCUGUGUUACCUGCAGAUUCUUGGAGACCUGAAACUCUAUGGAGGGAAAAUCUUUAACGUCACUCUCAUGCUCCAGGACAGAGAAUCAUGCAUUGCCCUGUUGGUGGGAACCAAAUACGGAAUCAGCCAGGUUGUGAAUAACAAACUGAACAUCGUAACCAUGUUGGCGGAGUUUGCUAAUAUUAGCAGACUGGAGCUUCUUGAAGAAUCGGAGAAAGUGAGCAUGGUAAAAAUCUACCUCCAAGAUAUUAAGCUGCUGACUCUGAUGCUGGAAUCUAACAGCGCCAGAGAUCUGACUUGCCUCAUUGCUGGCUACUACAAGCUUCUGGUGGAUCCAACCCACUCGAUAUUUGUUUGGGUGGAGGGAAAGCCCCAAACUCACCGCUACUCCAUGGAGGAAGGGUACGAAUCUCGAACAUGCAGUGACUCCGAAGAAUCUUCUGAACUGGAUUCCUCCUUUGACCAAUUUUCAGACACGCACUCCCAAAAAUACAGCCGCAUUUGCCCUCUGCAAGAGGAAGAAGGAGAGCAGGAGGAGCUGGAGCAGGAGAGGAAGUGCCCGCAGGACCAAGAGGUGACCUUCUGCAAUGGAUACGAUAACGCAAACGAUAGCUUAUCAGAGACCUCUGACUCAGCCAACACAGAGAGUAGGGGGUUCAAGACCAGCGGUUCGAGCGACUCUCUAGAUGCUCUGGAAGAGGACGAUUUAGAAGCGUGCUCUUCCAGCAGGCCUGAGCUUUUCAGUUUUGGUACGCCCACUCUCCAGGAUUUCACCAGCAGCGACAAGGCAUUCUUAGGAGUAGAUUAUGAAAACAGAGCCACGUCAGAGGAUUUCUUUUCUUUCCUUCCCCACUUAUCCAAUUCUGCGCUCGAACAGUUGGACGCUGAAUUCAGAAGGGAAAGCGAGAUAAACGCUGUCGUUCUGGAGUCCAAGCUGGCUGAGAACGACGCCAUGGACUACUACAGCAUCUGUGCUAACAUCUCCCCAGCCAGCAGUGGGGAGAAGAACACCCACAGCGAUGGCACCGAGGGGGGCUCUACGCAAGACCUGUCAGCUGAACCAAGCGUGGACGGGCGAGAGUCACAUGGCCUCGCCUUGGCUCCUCCCCCUGGCUUUGGAGAUACCAGUUCAGAGGAUGAAUUCUACGAUGCCACCGAACGGGUAACGCCAACCGAGGCGCGAACAGGCUCUGGAGGACCAUUUCCACAGAAUUCACAAGAUAUUGGUAUCUCGAAGGCAUCCCACUGCAGCCUGGUUGAAACCAUUCUGUCAAGAUACAACAAAAUGGUCAUGCACAGGGCAGAAAAGGCGCCAACGCGUAUCAACAGUCUGAAGAAAAGACGGUCUUUUUUACAGACUAAUUAUACCUCACAAGUUAGUUUCCCUCUUGAUCCACCUCACACUCAGGAAAACAUUGAUUUUAUGUGUUGUGGUGGAGAAUCUGAUCUUCCCGGUGCCUCAGGUUCAUCAGCUGGGCUUUCCAUUGGAGGCACUGAAGGAGAUCCUGAUCUUAUCAAAGCCCAGCAUCUAGUCCAACUGGACUCUUACAGAGCCACCGAGAAUUCAUCUAGCUUAAUGGAGAUGGAGCCAGAUACAUUAGAAACGAAAUCAGUAACGGAUUCAGUUGUUUCUUCAAUCUCUGCUGUCCGUUUGCCAGGUGCUCAGGGAAGUGAAGAGAGCGCAGACUUCACAUCUAGCUCCUUCUCUAAAGAGGGGUGGAAGAGUCCUUUUAUCUCUUCCUAUACACCCGAUCAGAAUAGCUGCCCAAGUAUGUCAGAAACCCCCUUUCAGCUGGAAGAUACUUGCCCUGAAACAAAAGAGGAUCCUACCGAAACGUCUUGUAGUAUUCAGGAAUGUCGUGUAGAGCAUCAGCCAGAGGAAAUACCGGAGUGUGCCUCAGAGGCACCACCUGACGCUGGAGUCAGCUAUUUAUUGAUUGAGGAAAUAAUCCAUACAACUACCAAACCUUCUCGGUCUCUGGACAGCCAUCAGAACAAACCAUUAAUCUAUGAACCAACCUUGGAUCCAGGUACUUCUCCUACUGGCAUGGUGGAAAAUAAUGAACAGGUUGUGCUUGACCCCAGUGGAAGAGACCACGAUGACCCGGCCUUGUGUGAACCAAGCUGGGCAUUAGAAGGGGUGUUACUUCAAGAAAAGACAAGCGAGAGCCUGAGUGAAAAUUCCCUUAAAAAAUCUGGAGACCAAAAACAGGUGGGUUUUUCAAGUGCGACUGAGCUACUUUCCGACUCUGAUGGCACUUCUGGGAUAGUGACUCGUCUCUCCUGGCUUUCUUUUAAGUCCAUGACUGGUAACGCAGAACCGUGUCAGCAAAACGAUGAUUCAUAUCAAAGAAUUGUCGGCCCGCGUUCCCCAGUUGUUCGUCAGGUCUCAUUUAAAGAGGGUCACUUGCUUUCAGAUGGGUUGAGUCAAUGGUCUCACCACCUAUCAGCCGUGACUAUCUCUCUUGACAGCUCUCCAUUUGCAGAACUUGACUAUGACCAGAAAACAGAAGAGGAAUCCUUCAUAGACGGUGCCAUGGAGUAUAAAGAUGAACAGCCCAUUCCACUAGCUGUUCCCACUGAGGAGAAUGUGGAACAGAGAAAAUAUGACAAUCUGAACUGCCUGGACUACUUGCCACUUGACGUUUUGUAUAAAUCUGCAGGGUCGAAUGAGGAAAGUCGUGUUUCAGGUCAAUCAUUUUUGCACUUUGGGCAUUCUGAAGGUGCUGAGGGCCCUGUGAUUUGCAGCCACACAGACUCUCUGACUUUGAACGCCAAGGAAACAUUCUCACCAAAACGUAAAGUAGACAGAUGUAGUUGCCAGUUUUCUUAUGCCAGCUGUUUCCGUGGGUUAGACGACGAGUCGAUGUUAGAGGACACCCACCCAGCUCUGCAAGGUACUUCCAAGGAGCCACUGACAUCCCCACCAACAAGACGCACCCUGUCUUUAGACUUUGACCCUGUGUGGUCCACUCAAGUAUGUAACUGUGUUGAUGCUGAACCAAAAGACUAUAACACUCACAUUUGGCUUCCAGACUCUCACAUCAAAGCACUGAGCUACGUCAAAGACAGAGCCCACGUCUCAUCGCUUGACUUCUGCCAUUUGUUAGACCACGUGGUGGAACUUCAGGAAACUUUAAAGCUCUUCUGGGGAAACAGAACCAAGCACCCUCGUGAUCAGUGCUUAGCCCAUUUCUCGGAAAACAAGAACACCUUGUGCGCAGAAUCCCAAAGGCUGAUGACCAGCUGUCAGAAAGUCAUCAAAUCGUACGGGCCUUCUACAGAGAUCCAGGGUGCCAUUCGGGAGACCUUCCAGCACCUUCUUCAGCUGACGGAAGCCUGCUUCCAUUUCACAAACUGUGGCCUUUGUAGCGGGAGGCACAAAGAUCUCGCGGUCAACCUGAAGGAUGUUGUAUGUAGCUACCACCAGUUUGUUCAGGCAGCCCAGCAGGCCGGUGAGAAGGGCUAUCCAAGCUUGAGCGUAAAACUACUCGUGUGCCAGUAUACUGCCCUGACCGCGGCCUUGUUCUGCCUCGUUCAGCAGUUCAAGACUCCACCUUCUAUGUGA